AUGCCCACCAUUCCCACUGAACUUCAAGCCAGAUCGACAGCACCUAUGAAUCCCGCUUCAGCAAUGUCGCAGUCACCCAGCAAGAAGCGCAACGCCGAAGAAGCGAACCCGAUUGCCGAAAACGGUUCUGAUACGGUGCAGCGCAACGACCCAUCGUUGACAGACCCUAUUAGCAGCAGUCUUCUUCCUAAUGGGCAGACAGACGUCCAGAAGACGCCAGCAAAGCGCCGGAGGACUACUCAAGUGAAGCGCAAUGCAACUCCACGGCUUGCUACGAACACCCCGAGUCGCGCUCUCGAUGGCACCAUCGACAAAUUGAGAGCUGCGAAGACUAAGCUUUACAACAGCGCUGUAUCAGAUGCUGAAGACGAGUACAUCAUGGAGGCGGAAGACGAUACUGCUUCAGAAGAAGAGCUUUCUGCUUCAGAGGAAGAGGGGGAUGUUGUAGAGGAAGAAGAUGACGCUGUGGUGGUUGCACAACAACUACGCGCUAGAGCGACCGGUCUGAAACUACCUCAUCCUUCCCAUGAGCGUUUCCAGCUGAUAAACGCAGUCUUCAACCCACCACCUCGCCCAGCGAUUUCACCGUGGCACUACGGUUUCGCAGCGCCAACGCUACCCUAUUACGAUCAGUCGAGAUGUCCAAUAGAUUGGAGUAAAGUGGUUAUUGAUUCAAAAGUUCCCUACGAAUGCCAAAAGGCCUACGAGCUGCUCCGGAGGGCGAACGUAAACGUUUCAUGUCAGCCAAUAAGGCAGUCUUUGAGCUCACAGGGGUUUACUUCGCCACGAGUCCCCUUGUAUGCAGAGCUGAAGCACAACCUUCAAGGUACAAGCGAAGCGCCUGUGAUACGGAGGAAAGAACCUACCACCGACCCAUUGUUCUACGCCAGCGAGGCUGUUCAACUCGUUGUAUCCCCGCCUGGACAAAAUGGUGGCGUCAAUCGCUUCGCAACGCAAGAGGUCAUGGACCGACUGCCGAUCAACGACCAAAACUUCCUCGAGUACUCCCUCGAUAAUUUCGACAGGUGGUACACUUCGGUUUUCCAGGGUCGUCGUCACAGCUUCCCUAGACGCACAUACCGCCUGGAACCCUGUAACGGCAAAGGCUUCAUUCACCGUGAUAACGGCACACCGUCCAUCGCGAUGAGCGAUCUGUUCGAGACAUCCCGACUCUCCCAAAUGAUGAAGACUACGGAGGUCAGCGAUAUGAUUCUUGACGAAGUUGUCCAGUCUUUCAAGCAAGAAAUCGAGCUUGUCAACAAGCAUGAAGAGGAGAAGGUUACCAUGCAAGAUUGCGACAACACCAUCCAGUCCAUGAGCUUCAAACCUGGCGACCUCAGCCUACUUUGGGAGCACACCAAGGACAAUGAUAAGAUUCGUAGGGUAGUGCUCGAGUCAUUGUUUGAGAAAGUCGAUCUCCUACAAGACGAUGUGGAAGAGCAAAAGCGUCAUCUGAACAGGGAUUUCGUGAGAGACUGGCAGUUCUACAUCAUUCGUCCAAUGGUCAGGCCUUACGAAAUUGUCCAUAGGUUCACACGGGGCGGGGGAAUUCUCCAAGAUUUCUGCGCCCAGUACCACAAUCAUGGGGACCCCAAAUCUGAGUGUUUCCACUCCAAACCUGAGUCCUCCAAACUUAUCCCCGAGAGGGCUGAUGAACCCAGGAUCAUCAAAGUGCGUUUCGGUGCUGUGGAUUUGGAGAUCGAGGAUCGCGCUAGCUAUGCGGGGGUCACCUUCCGCUUUGGGCGCCUAGUAAAGGAUAAACCGAAGUGGGACUGGCUGCGCAUACGCUCCAUCGCCACAUUUGUUGAGGGCCCUCUAGAUCCUGAUGCCAGACGCAGGCAAUGGUGCCUGGAGCCGAUCUACUAUGAGCCGGAUACCGUCGAUGCCAAUGGCCGGUACCCUUGCCAUCUAGGUUAUCAAAACCCAGAUUGGACACAUCCGGAUCUUGACAUUGAAGAGACACAUGUCUACGAUGAACCAUGGGAUAAGGUUAUCAAGCGCGGAGUUCCUGCGGGCGCGACCAAGUACCGCGAGAAUAAGAUACCCGCUGGCAAAGACGAGCAUGGUAAGAUGCUUUACAAGGUGACAAAAGUCUUCUUUGAGAUUGAAGACCCGUGUUGGUAUCCUCCUGAUGACUGGAAUGCAGACAUGGACUCUUGCGACCUUUGGCCCUAG